CCCUGUCUGGCAGAGCCACGGGCUCUAAACUGAAAACACCUCAUUUCUCUCCUGAAAGCUCCAUUACACCUCAGACGGCCGAGCACACAGCUCUGGUAACACACUCCGGCCUGUGUUUCUCACAGUUUACCUGCUCGUUAGGCUUUUUUUUUUUUUUUUUUUUUUUUUUUUUUCAACGGGACUUCCAUGUCAGACUGAUAGACCCACAGCCCCAGCGGCUCCCCGGCAGGCCUCUCUGUUUACCGUGUGCGCAUCAGUCCUCACGCCGCGGUUGGGUGGGUCCAGCUCGGCCACGGAGGCAGCAUGGGCCCGCUGCACAGCUAGCCUCCGCUCCUGAACGCGCCACAGAGUGAGAGAUGAACCGCAGCGCUGGCGAACUGUUUCAGCUUGGAUGUCACUGCUAACGGAGCCUGGCUGUCAGAAUGAACGGCACUCAGCAGAGUGAUACCAAGAGACAGCACCUGCUGGAGAGGCUGCUGGAUGCUGUCAAACAGUGCCAAAUCCGCUUUGGAGGAAGAAAGGAGAUUGCCACAGACUCAGACAGCAGGGUGAUCUGUCUGUGUGCCCAGUUUGAAGCGGUGCUGCAGCACGGCCUGAGGAAGAGUCGAGGCCUGGCCCUCACCGCCGCCGCCCUCAAGCAGGCCGCAGGGUUCAGCACCAGGGCCGAAGCAGAGUUGACUUUCUGGUUCUACGUGAAGGAGCAUCUGAACCGCCACGAGCUCCAGCGCUUCUACUCCCUCCAUCAGAUCUCCUCAGAGCUGGGCCGGGGUCGUGCCUGGCUGCGCUGCGCCCUAAAUGAGCACUCGCUGGAGCGCUACCUGCACACACUGCUGGCUGACCGCCCACGCCUGGGAACUUAUUAUGAAGACUGGGCUUUUAUUCUCGAUGAGGAGAGAGCAAGUAUGCUCCCCACCAUGGCUGCAGGUCUGAACUCCAUCCUGUUUGCCAUCAACAUCGACAACAGUGACCUGAACGGCGGGGUGACUCGAGGCGGGGGCCCCUCAGUGUCCAACCUCCUCAAGGAGUCGACGCAGGGCAUCGGGAGCCUGUGGAAAGAGUCGACUCAGGGUGUCAGCAGCCUGCUGCGGGAGAUCAGCACCGCCACAGCUGUGGUGCCCGGCUUCACCCCCAGAUUGGACGGAGCCUCAGACCCGCUACCUGUUGUGCCACGCAGCACCUCUGCCGACUCAGGGCUGAGAAAAGAGCGCCGGAGGAAAAAGAAAAUCACCAACAUCAUUUCCUUUGAUGACGAUCUGGAUGGAGGGGCGGAGGAUGAGGAGGAGGGAGAGGAUGACUCCCAGAAGAUGGGCGUGAUGAGGAAGAGCCACACUGCUCCCGCUCAGAACAGUGUGGAGGAGGGAAUAGAUCCUUUGGAGCCAGUCUUCUCUGAGUCUCUGACCCAGAAUGGCCUGGCUGAGCCAGGCAUAGUCAGCUGGGUGGGGUCCCCCCAUCCCUCACGCACUCCACCCCUUGCUACACCUCCUCUGCCAGACAGUAAGAGUAUAGACAAUGAGGAGGAGGAGGAGGAAGAGGAGGAGAUGUACAAACCCAAAGCACAAACCCAGGAGGAGGAGAGGAUCAGCUCUGAUCAGGUGGUGGUGGGCAGCCUGUCCAGUGUGUCCACGUGGAGCCCUCUACAGGUGAUGACUGACCGCAGCAGCUCCGACAUCCUCAUUCCUUUGAACCCUACAGACGCCCAGCCAGUGAGCUCUGUGGAGGACUCGGCUGCGUUUCCUGCUCAGUGUGAGUCAACAGGCCCGGUGGGAAACUGUGAGAGCAGCACAUCGCUGCUAACAUUCAAUAUGGAGUCCAGUCCACUGACGCAGUCUGCUCCACUCUCCAGUGUGCUGCCAACAUCUGGUCUGCCAGAGUCCAUGACAGUGGUGGAGCUUCGUCAGGCCAUUGUAGCCAUGAUGAACAGGAAGGACGAGCUGGAGGAACAAAACACGUCUCUUCGCAGCCUGCUGGAUGGAGAGAUGGAGCACUCAGCAGGCCUGAGGCAGGAAACUGAGCUGCUGAAGAGGAAGCUGGCAGAGCUGGAGGAGAGACACACAGCCAAGGUCCAGGCACUGGCCAGGGAAAAUGAGGUCCUGAAGGUCCAGUUGAAGAAGUAUGUGGGGGCGGUACAGAUGCUGAAGAGAGAGGGGAGCCAGGGCAAUGACGCCCUGUCGAUGCUGCGGUCGAGUGAGGAGCAGGCCCCUGUCCCACAGAAUAAGUUCAUGGGCGACAUCGAGGAGCUGGCUGCCAGCUAUGAACGCAAACUCAUCGAGGUAGCCGAGAUGCAUGGUGAGCUGAUCGAGUUUAAUGAGCGACUGUACCGUUCCCUCAUGGCCAAGGACCACCUCAUUGUCCAGAUGAGACAGGAACUGAUUGACCUGAGAGGACCGGUUCCAGGCGAUUUAAGCCAGACGUCAGAUGAUCCCAGCCUGUCAGAUUUUGAAACGGCUCAUCGCGCUCUUAUCAACGUGUGGAUCCCCUCUGUGUUCCUGCAGGGCAGAGCUGCCAACGCCUACCACGUCUAUCAGGUCUACAUCCGUAUCCUGGACAAUGAGUGGAAUGUAUACAGACGUUACACUGAGUUCAGGGAGCUCCACAACCACCUGAGGACUCAGUUUCCACAGGUGGACACCUUCAACUUCCCACCCAAGAAAGCCAUAGGGAACAAGGAUGCCAAGUUUGUGGAGGAGAGGAGGAAGCAGCUGCAGGGCUACCUUCGCAUGGUGAUGAACAAACUGAUCCAGACGCUGCCGGAGUUCACAGCCCGCCCCACCAAAGAGACCCUGCUGUCUCUGCUGCCUUUCUGUCUGGACACGCCCCAGGCCAACGAUGGAGGAGCCAAGACUCCCCGGUCCAAAACUUCAUCCCGGUUCCCCAGACUGGGCCGCAACCGCAACCAAGAGGCCAGACCUGAACCCCAGAGCGGGGACCUUUAACCCCCAGAGCCUUUGGACUGUUAAUUUCUCACUGUAGAGGCAGGGGCAACUUAGACUGGACUGUGACAUGCUGGCUCCCAGUGUGCAGUGACAUUAAGAGCAUCUGGUGGACCUUCAAAGCCUUACAGAAACAAUGUCUCAGCUGAGUGGGGGCGGUGGAUGCGGUCACGUCGCAGGCCUCUCCAGGAGAUAUGUAAAUGUUUCUGUUCAUUGAGUAAAGGAUAAAUGACUCCCCCGAGGCUGGAUGGAUGGACCCAGUCAUACAGCACCUCUUACCUCACCGAGAGACCAAAAGACUCUCUGGAAACUGCACAUGAACUAGCCUGGACGGCUCUUUCUACUCUCAAACACAAUGAGAUAUGAUGGGCACGUGUUUUUUUUUUUGUUUUGUUUUUUUUUCUUACUCCGCUCAGUUUUGUAGUGACAGUGUAUCAUGGUCACAGUGCCUACAGUGUUUUGUAGCUGCUUUCCCGCUCUGGGACAGGUGUGUAGAGAGGUAAAGAGGGUGCAGAUUAAAGUGUCCUCAUGGGGGAAUGAACAAUGUUUUUUCAGCUAACAUGUCAGUGUCACUGUGCCAUUGCAUUUUAGACGGCAAUGACUCACAAUCUCUGGCGUGGACCACCAGGCAACGAGCAUUCCUUUUUCCCAAUUCUGUUAUAUUAUUACAAUUAUUACAGAUUAUCUGCAGCAACUGUAACAUGUCUCAGUGUCACCAGGGAUACAGUCAUUAUCAAAAAUAUCUUUUUUAAAUUCUGUAUGAUGAUCAUAUUAAAGGAUUAGGGUUAAACUCCAGUGAUUAAAAAAACAACAUCUCUUAGGGACUGUACGAAAAUUAUCGGGGUAGAGAGAAGGGUUUAACCUAAUUUUUUUACAUUUGUGAAAAAUAAUGUUCCACAUUUCAUAUUAAAAUUUUCAUCUGAUCCCUCCCCCCUAGAAAACCUUCCCUGAUAUCUCAAAUACAGUGCUGAGAUGAUACGACUCGUUUCAACAUUAGCUUGUCAGUGAGACAAAGUUUGAAGAAUUGAAGUCAAAUUUGAAGGAGACCCAUUAUGUGUUUUAGGAUCCUUAUCAUGUACUGUGAACAAUCUUAAAAGUUUAAAGUCUGCGGCAACAGAAGCUCCUCUCUCCCACAGGAAGCAGUGCUCCUGAAACGCCUCAUCAGUAGUCUCACCUUUAAUUCUGUGACUUGGUGACAUCACACUACCUUGCCAUGUCACAUAUUUGCAUAAUUAAUACCUAGUGGCUAAUUUGGCAUGUAAGAAUGAAUUUAGCACAGCUGCUCUGUUGUUGUUAGCAGUGCUGGAUCAGGCUUGUCUUAGCUGACCAAUCGGAGGAGACUUGGUAUUAGGGCCAGGGGAGCUUUAAAGAGAUGGAAGCUAAAUCAUUGCGUUGCAGACCUAGGGUGAAUAUGGAGCAGCACUGGACAGUAUGAGAAAACUGAUGUGUAUUUUGAGCAUUAGACAGUGUAAACCUCUUCUAGCAGUAGG